AUGGCCACGAAAUUAAGCCCGCGAAAUUCCGAAGUCAGCGCUCUUGAAGAGCGUGGUUAUCUUAUUGGAAAAAAAAUUGGCCAGGGUUCGUAUGCUACCGUUCAUCUAGCAGAAUAUUUAGAUGGCAGUAGUUCAAAAAAAAUGCGGCUUGCAUGUAAAAUAUUUGAUAAGGAAAAAGCACCUCCAGAUUUUCUUGAAAAAUUUUUUCCCCGUGAGCUUGAAAUUUUAACAAAAGUUGAAAACCCGCAUAUUAUUCAAGUCCAUAGUAUACUGCAACGAGGACCACGUGUAUUUAUUUUUAUGCGUUAUGCUGAUAAUGGUGAUUUAUUGGAUCACAUAAUUCGUAGCGGUGUUGUAUCUGAACAACAAGCAAAGCUUUGGUUUCGUCAAAUGGCAUCUGGAUUACAGUAUUUACAUGGGAAAAAUAUUGCACACCGUGAUUUGAAGUGUGAAAAUAUAUUACUGUCACGUAAAUUUAAUGUUAAGUUAGCGGACUUUGGUUUUGCUCGUUUUUGCGUUGAUGAGGAUAAUAAACGUGUUCUGAGCUACACUUACUGCGGUUCUGCGGCUUAUGCCGCGCCAGAAGUAGUAUCUGGUACACCGUAUAAUCCAAAACUGGCAGACGUUUGGUCACUGGGUAUUAUAUUGUAUAUAAUGCUUAAUGGAACGAUGCCAUUCAAAGAUGAUAACAUUAAAAAGUUACUUAAAGAUCAGAUGGGAAAAAAUUGGGUCUUUCGGUCUCGUGCAUUAAAAACGUUGUCACCACUUGCUAUUAAUAUUGUCAAACGUAUUUUAGAGCCGGAUGUUACGAUAAGACUUACACUUGAUCGUGUUCUAGCACAUGAAUGGUUGAAAAGUAAAAAGGAUAAAAUGUCUUUUACUAAUAGAUUUGGUCAUUCAUCGUCGAUGCAGCAUCAGGCGAAUGAAAUAUCCCAAGUUCCAAAUGACUCAAUUAUGAAAACGACAAUGCAAUUAUUUAAAGAACCAGAAACAUUACCCAAAAAUAAUACCAGUAUGUCAGUUGAUCCGAAAAAAAAUUACGCCUUCAAUCCCCUAAAAAAUACAGCUAACAAAUUGUAA